AUGAGUGCUUACACUGAAGUCUACAAGAAUCUCGUUCAAAAAGGUCUCGUUGAUGAGGCAUAUCCAGUUGAUGGUCUCUGCGUCCAACUUCCAAAUGGCUGGUAUGGUAUCCACGCAAUCAUUGACAAUUAUGCCAAUCAACUUAAAGAAAUCGGCUAUGAUGAGGAAAUGGUUCCAUCUGUUGCCACAAAUACAAUUUACUCUAAGGUUCCACAAGAACUCCAGGGUAAUGUUGUUGAAAACGUUUUCAAGAUCACACACACAGGUCUCCACAAGCUUGAUGAUCCAUACUUCAUGGCUAACCGCCCAGAUCUUAUCCUCCCACAGAUCGAAAUGAAUAAUGCUCGUUCAUAUCGUAACCUCCCAAUUCUCCGCAUUGCUGGAGGCUUCCGUUACAACAACCUCACUGCCACAAACAAAUACGCCCUCAUUACAGACAUUGAGCAACCGGCCAAGGAUGUUGUUGGCAUUGUCUUCUCAGAACAAGACUACUUAGCCGAAGUCAAGCGCGAUCUUGACAUCCUCUACAAGAUCCUCCGCGAGGACUGCAAGCUCACAACAUUUUCCGUUCGCCGCCACCAUUCUAUUGUUGUUUUCGCCAUCUUCCCGAACGGCCAAGUUCUCGAGAUCGCUACAGUCCGCCUCUACUACCAAUCCCUCUCCGAAGCCCUCGAUUUCAAGGUCCUCGGCCCAGACGGAAAAUUCCAAUUCCCACAUAUCUUCAACAUCAACAUCGGCUCUCGUGCAUUCGCCGCUUCCGUUGUUGCCCACUCUACAGCCGACAGAAUUGUCCUUCCAAAGGCUCUCAUGCGCGCUCACGGUGUUGCAUACAACUUCCCAGUUGAUCUCAAGACAGUCCGCGUCGACCUUAUCAACAAGGACUUCACACAGGAGAGAUUCAACCGCCAGUUAGAGCAGGGCCUCGUCUUCGCUCUCGUCAAGGCUGACAAUGGAGUCAAAGUCAUCACAGAGAGCGGCGAAACAGUUGUCGCUGAGGCUGAACUCGAACAGAAGCUUACAGAAAUCCUCGACGCUCGUGAAAAGAAGAUCGAGGAACAGUCAAAUGCUGCUUAUGCUAAGCUUUACUCCGAAAACAUCUCAUUCGUCGAUUCUGAAGACGCAAAGCUUGAGGAAGGAAAGGUUAUCCUUGGCCUCGUCAUGAAGGAACAGGAUAACAUCUCUGUACCAGAGGAAAAGAAGUAUGCUGUAGCAGUUCCUCUUGUUGAACUCCACCACUAA